AAAAAAACUUUUGACGUUUUGUUAUUUAUUUAGGUUAACUGUAAACGUCAACAUAAUUUUAUUUUUAUUUGUUUGUUGAACUUUAGACCCUAGCUUAACAAGUAAGUGUAAAGUUUACCUCCGAUUAAUUUGUGUUUAAAACAAUUAUAUUAACAAACAGAAAGUCACAGAACAAUGAUAAAUACAGGUAAACUAGCAGGACUAACUGUUUUUGUAACGGGAGGCAGUCGAGGUAUUGGUAAAGCAAUCGCUCUGAAAUGUGCUAAAGAUGGGGCCAAUGUGGUUAUUGCAGCGAAAACUGCAGAACCACAUCCUAAACUUCCCGGAACAAUUUAUUCUGCUAGUAAAGAAGUGGAAGAGGCAGGCGGCAAAAGUCUUCCAUGCAUCGUGGACGUGAGGGAUGAAAAACAGGUCCGUACCGCGGUCGAAGAGGCCGUCAAAAAAUUCGGCGGCAUCGAUAUUUUGAUCAACAACGCAUCCGCCAUCUCUCUGACCGGCACCGAGGACACAGACAUGAAAAGAUACGACUUGAUGCACCAUAUCAACACUAGGGGAACUUUCUUGGUAUCCAAAGAGUGCAUUCCUUAUUUGAAGAAAAGUAACCAUGCACACAUCAUUAAUCUGUCACCACCUUUGAGUAUGAAACCAAUUUGGUUUAAAAACCAUGUCGCUUAUACCAUGGCCAAAUUUGGUAUGUCGAUGUGUGUGCUUGGAAUGCAUGAAGAGUUAAGGCCAUAUAACAUUGGGGUCAACGCUCUAUGGCCCAGGACAGCUAUACACACCGCAGCCAUAGAGAUGUUAUCCGGCGCGGAAUCGGCGAAAACUAGCCGGAAACCGGAAAUAAUGGCAGACGCAGCCUACUACAUUCUCUCGCAAGACCCGAAAACCACGACCGGUAACUUUUUCAUCGACGACGAGGUGCUUAAAAAGGCCGGCGUGACAGACUUCAAGCAGUACGCGUGCUACCCGGAAAACGCCGACAAUCUCAUGCCGGAUUUCUUCGUCGACGACAACAUCGCGAUCAUAGAGGCCGGGCAAGAUUUGACGCAGUCGUCCGCCAAGAAGGAGGAGCCGCAAGGCGAGGUUGCCAAGUUGUUCAAGGCCAUAGAGAACAGCAUUUCGCAGGACACGGUGUCCGGCACGCAGGCCAUCUUCCAGUUCGUCGUUACCGGCGACGAGGCCGGUAAAUGGUACGUGGACUUGAAGAACGGCAAGGGUUCGUGCGGGCAAGGCGAGCCCAAGUCGGCGCCCGACGCCACCCUGACCAUGGACAGCAAAAAUUUCUUCAACAUGUUCAGCGGAAAGUUGAAGCCUGCCACCGCCUACAUGAUGGGGAAGUUGAAGAUCAGCGGUAACUUGCAGAAGGCCUUGAAAUUGGAGAAGUUGAUGUCCGGUCUCAAAUCGAAACUAUAAGACUGUCAGCAUUUUUUAACAAUGAAGUUACACAUUUGUUGUAUUAUAUUUUAUAUGAAGUUUACAAAUCAAUUAUUAAAUUUUUAUAUGGAUUGUCAAAUAAAAGACUUUAAUUGUAUAA